AGGACAGAAGCAGAGGGUGCUGUUUCUAUGCCACCACCAGGAAAGAGGCAGAGAGGCUGGGCCAUGCUGGAGUCCUCUGGGAGGGAGCAACCUUGACCCUGGCUGUGCUGCAAGCUGAUUCCAGCCCUGGGGUCAGCAGCACCUGGAGAACAGCAGCAGGAGGUGGCGUGAGAGCAGUGGCUCAUGGGUGGAGCUUCCCAUGGGAAACUGAGGCUGCCACCCCUUCCUGAGGGCAGCCAAGAGUAGUGGAGGCUCAGCAUAAAAUGAAAAAGGGGAGUGGGGGAUACAAGGAGGUGGGAGGUGGGUGGCCCCAGCCCCACAAACUAAGCAGAGAACCUCUCUUCACCCCAGACUCCACAGGGGCACCUCAGGCUGGUAGACCAGGUCCUCUGGGCAUGGGCCCGGGAGGCAGGCCUGCCCUAAGGGUCAUGCAGAGGAUACAGGGCCACACACACCAGUGCCCUGCUUAGACAUCAGCCUCCAGGUUGAUGCGGGGUCAGGCCAGGUUUGAUCCUGUGCUUGACUGGGCCAGGACCCGUGGCUAGAGCACCUGGGGACUCUCGUUCAGCCCUGGUCUGCUGGAAGGGGGACAGCAGACUUUAGGACCCCACAACACAGCACUGCUGAGCAUUUUCCUCUCUUGGUCUCCUUGAGGAAUAGGACAAGGAGUCCUCUGGGGACAGAUGAGGACUUACACAAUGGCCUCGGUUGUGGCCCCUGCUUUCUGAGCUUGGUUAAACACUGACCAUGGCAGAAAGGACACAGCUUGGGUUCCCACACCUCACUUUCCACAGUCCUAAUGGCAGCAGUGCACAUGGAGGAGAUGCCUCCUAUGAUGCCAAGGCCUCCAGUGCUCACCGAUGCCCUCAUCGAUGUUGGGUGGAACUUGUCAGUGAAGAAGGGCUCAGGCAGCUCACGGAAGUAGAGCUUCAGCCUGUCUGCGAUGGCAUGUAUGUCCAUCUCACUCAUCAUCAUUGACACAUCCCUGUCAUCCGGAAAGAACAUGGAAAUGCUGUGGCCUCCUUGAGGAUCCCAAGUGGGUCUCCCGCCAUCACUGCCUUGGCUAAAACACCAUCCGCUAAAACACCAGGGAGGGACCCGCUGGCCACUGUGCGGGUCCCUCCCUGGCUUUGAGCAGCCCAUCUUCCUCCUAAGAGCUGUGCGUGGUUCUGCGUCUGUGUAGAGAUGAUGGAGGGGUGUGUGCAUCCCCAUAUUUCUCCCCUGCUUGGCCCAAUGUGAUGUCCAGGAGGAGGCCAGUGCAGCAGGACUCAGAGCCUGCAUUGGAAUCGGGUGGCUCUGCCCUGUUCGUAGCAACAGCGCUGUACCAGUCUUCGGACAGCAGGAAGGCUGUGGGAGAAUCCAAUGGGUUUCAGUGUUUGAACCAGUGUCUUCCUUUGGAUCCAGUUGGCCACUGGAGCUGACCUCCCCACCACAGGCCAGGUCCAUCCUGGGCCUCCAGAGGGAACUGAAACUACUGCAUGGCCCACCCAGGGGUGCUGGGCAUUCUAGGGUCCUGGUCUGGGUGGUUAGUGUGUGCCCCAAAGAAAGGUCACAGGCACAAAGUCCUGUUGCUUUGAAGUUGCUGGACAAGGACACUCUGGGUUCUCAGUGCCCUCCCCUGGCAUUUGGGGCAGGUCCAGGUCCUUAAUAAUCCAUGAGGGGUAGUGAGAUGGAGGUGGAGGUGGUGCAGCCUUAGCCUGAGCUGGGUCCCAUCAGUGCCCUCUGCCCGCCACAUCUUCACACAGGGCAGUGAACAGAACACACUGAGUCCCAGGCUUCCACACCUCAUGUCCACCCUUAAGGCAGGAAGUCCAAGGCCCCCCGACAGCCCGGGUCCGCCCAGCAAGUGGCAUGGGUGGGUAAGAUGGUUCAAGAACUGGCUUCUACAGAAGCUCCUUCUACAACUCUUGUCUUCUCUUUAUAAAAAAUAAUAAAACAGUAAAUGACAAAAGACACAGUGAAGAAUGUGACGUGACCCGGCCAUGGAGUGCUGUGAGAUCUCAUUGUGGACAUUGACGCCCACAUCUCCAUCACGACACGAUCUGGUUGAUGACAAAGGCUGCCUUCAGUGCCUGGAUGACCGGGGCCACUCCAGACCCGCAGUAGAUGCCCACCUCCUUCAUGCCACGAUGCUUGAUCCACUCCACACAUUGGUGCAAGAAAAAGGGCACCUUGGCAGGAGUUGGACGUUCAAUGGAAUCUAAGUUGGCAUCUUUGGGAAUUAAAACGUGUGGAGACUUGCAGUAUAUGAUCAUGGCAAAACUCCAGAAAGAAUUUGGUCCCAAAACAGGUCAGAUGCUUUAUAGAUUCUGCCAUGGCUUGGAUGAUAGACCAGUUCGAACUGAGAAGGAGAGAAAAUCUGUUUCAGCUGAGAUCAACUAUGGAAUCCGGUUUACUCAGCCAAAAGAGGCAGCUUUUCUUCUGAGUCUUUCAGAAGAAAUUCAAAGAAGACUAGAAGCCACUGGCAUGAAGGGUACAUGUCUAACUCUCAAAAUCGUGGUACAAAAGCCUGGGGCUCCUGUAGAAACUGCAAAAUUUGGAGGCCAUGGAAUUUGUGAUAACAUUGCCAGGACUGUAACUCUUGACCAGGCAACAGAUAAUGGAAAAAUAAUUGGAAAGGCGAUGCUAAACAUGUUUCAUACAAUGAAAUUAAAUAUAUCGGAUAUGAGAGGAAUAAGUGUUGGGAUUCACGUUAAUCAGUUGGUUCCAGCUGAUCCGAACACUUCCACAUGUCCCAGUCGCCCAUCGAUUCAGUCAAGCCACUUUCCUCGUGGGUCACACUCUGUCCGUGAUAUCUUCCAAGUUCAGAAAGCUAUGAAAUCCACAGAAGAGGAGCACAAAGAAGUAUUUCUGGCUGCUGUGGAUCUGGAAAUAUCAUCUGCUUCUAGAACUUGCACUUUCUUGCCACAUUUUCCUGCACAUCUGCCGACCAGUAUCAGUCCUGAUACUAACAAGACUGAGUCUUCAGGGAAAUGGAAUGGUCUGCAUUCUCCUGUCAGUGUGCAGUCAAGACUUAACCUUAGUAUAGAGGUCCCGUCACCUUCCCAGCUGGAUCAGUCUGUUCUAGAAGCACUUCCACCUGAUCUCCCACCUGAUCUCCGGGAACAAGUAGAGCAAGUCUGUGCUGUUCAGCAAGCAGAAUCACGUGGCGACAAAAAGAAACAACCAGUAAAUGGCUGUAAUUCAGGAAUUUUGCCACAACCAGUUGGGACAGUCUUGUUGCAAAUACCAGAACCUCAAGAAUCGAACAGUGACACAGGAAUAAAUGUAAUAGCCCUUCCAGCAUUUUCACAGGUAUUUGCUGCCCUUCCUGCUGAACUUCAAAGGGAGCUGAAAGCAGCAUAUGAUCAAAGACAAAGGCAGAGCGAGAACAGCACUCACCAGCAGCCAGCACAUCUGGUUGAUGCAGCAAUCGGUGGAAUCGGUUUGGAAUAUGGCAUUUGACUUUAUUCUUGACAAUGUUCAGGUGGUUUUACAACAGACUUAUGGAAGCACAUUAAAAGUUACAUAAAUAUACCCAGAGAGCCUGAUGCUCUCCGAUAGCUGUGCCAUAAGUGCUUGUGAGGCUCCUUUUUGUGAAUCCUUAAAAACUCAACUCUAGGAAGCAACUACUGUUUAUUAUCCUAAAAGGCUGAAAAACCUCCAGGUCAGACUGCUAAGCUCUGAAAUUCCUGAGAGGUCUCAGACCGGGAUUCUACUUGUUCCAAGAAAGGGUAAAGCUUCUAAACCAUCUUAUUCUUGUCUCCAAGCACGAACACAGGAGCAUGUUAAGAAAAUCUUUACUUCUUCCAUGCGGAGAAAUCUACAUAUUUUGAAUUAGAAACACCCUCACACCCACUUGAAGAUUUUUUCCUGGGAACAUUAUUGUCCCACAGAUCAGAGGUGGUAUUGUCUUUGCCUCUACUGGCCAUUGAGAAACUUUGAUGAUAAAAAGGAACGGUAUAGAUUUUCAAGCGUAUAUAAAGUAUUUUUAUGCUAUAUGUUUUGCCGUGACUUUAAAAUAAAAAAAUAGUUUAAAAGUC